AUGCUGCGUAAGCUCACCCUCGACCAGAUUAACGACUGGUUCACCAUCGGCAAAACCGUGACCAAUGUGGAGCUCCUGGGCGCGCCGCCGGCUCUCCGGGCCGAGGCGCCUCUCAGGCUGGAGAGCUCAGAGACGGAAUACGUUAAGGAGUACCGACAGCUGGAGGCGCAGGAGUUGGAUCUGUAUGGCAGCACUCACACCACCGGCCAGCCAGUCCCGCAGUACCUCCUGGAUUACUGCAUCGAGCGCUCCGUGCACUGCAACAUCGUGGUGACGCAGCCCCGGAGGAUUGGGGCCAGCAGCAUUGCCAGGUGGAUCAGUAAAGAGCGCUCCUGGACUCUGGGCGGCAUGGUGGGCUACCAGGUGGGGCUAGAGAAAAUCGCAACAGAAGACACCAAGUUAAUUUAUGUGACGACGGGGGUCCUGCUUCAGAAACUAGUUAGUGCCAAGAGUUUGAUGGAGUUCACACACAUCUUCAUUGAUGAGGUACAUGAACGAACCGAAGAAAUGGAUUUCUUGCUGCUGGUGGUCCGCAAGCUUUUGAGAACAAAUUCACGUUUUGUGAAGGUCAUCCUGAUGUCAGCCACCAUCAACUGUCAAGAGUUUGCAGACUACUUUGCCGUCCCCGUUCAAAACAAGAUGAAACCUGCACACGUUUUUGAGGUGGAAGGCAAGCCGCACGCGAUUGAGGAGUACUACCUCGAUGACCUGGUGCACAUCGACCACAGACAGCUUUCACCUCACAUCCUGAAGGAGCCAGUGAUGACGAAGGACAUGUAUAAAGUUGCUGUCUCUCUCAUCCAGAUGUUUGAUGACUUGGAUCUGAAAGAGAGCAGGGCUGUGCUUCCAGAGAAGGUACCACAGUGGGGCCUGCUGGAGGCAGGCGGACUUCACAACUGGGACUGCUGGAGGGCUGCUUCCCCAGGGAAGGAAUCACAGCAGGGCCUGCUGAACGUGGCCGGGCUCCACAGCUGGGCCAGCUGGGGGGCCCUGUCGUCUCUCACCGGGCUACCUCUGUACUCAGGCGUCUUCAUAUCCAGAGUAGUAUGCGUGCCUGUUCCCUUUGUGGUGGAAGGGAUCAAGUGUAACCUGUGUGCCUUCAGCCAGCUGCCUAGGUUCCCAGGGAAUGGCACCAUGUUUGGCCUUUGCUCUGACGGGCUGGUGUUCUGCAGUGGUCUGGGUGAAAUAAACUACAUGCACGAACUUCUCACAAAUAUGGUUCACAAAAGAUUACAGAUCUACCCGCUCCACUCAAGUGUGACCUUGGAAGAACAGAAUAAUGUAUUUUUAAGCCCAGUUCCUGGGUACAGAAAGAUUAUUCUGUCCACCAACAUUGCGGAGAGCUCUGUGACUGUCCCGGAUGUCAAAUACGGUAAGCUGCAGCUCCUCCUCGUGGCAGGACCACUCUUCACCCUCCCCUCCGUGUCUCCUCCUGGUUUUGGAAGUGGACUCAUGGUCGGGGCCCUGGCCGUCAGUGGUCAGGGGGAGGACGAGAACCCCCACGACGGUGAGCUGACCUUCCUGGGAAGGGUGUUGGCCCAGCUUCCUGUGAACCAGCAGCUUGGCAAACUCAUCGUCCUUGGCCACGUGUUUGGCUGUCUAGACGACUGUCUCAUCAUUGCGGCUGCGCUUUCCUUGAAGAGCUUUUUCGUGAUGCCCUUUAGACAGCACCUUGAUGGAUACAGGAAUAAGAUGAACUUCGCAGGUGACAGUAAAAGUGACUGCAUCGCGCUUGUUGAGGCAUUCAAAACUUGGCAGGCCUGCAGGCAGAGAGGAGAGCUGCGGCACCCCAAGGAUGAACUUGAGUGGGGACGGUUAAACUACAUUCAAAUCAAGAGAAUCAGAGAGGUGGCUGAAUUAUAUGAAGAGCUGAAGGUUCGCAUCUCACAGUUCAAUAUGCAUGUGGGUUCUCGGCAACCAGCCCUGGACCGCGAGUAUACGUAUAAGCAGCGCUUCAUCCUGCAGCUGAAGCACAUCCCUCCCUACGGAUUCCUCUACCACAAGCAACUGCAGUCCCUCUUCAGACAGUGUGGUCAAGUAAAAUCCAUUGUGUUUGAUGGUGCGAAAGCCUUUGUGGAGUUUUCUCGUAAUCCCACAGAGAGAUUUAAAACGCUUCCUGCGGUCUACCUGGCGCUGAAGAUGCCUCAGCUGAGGGUCCCCCUGGAACUCAGCGUGCACCCCGCAGAAGAGAUUGAAGGGAAGGUGCGAGGAGGGGCCGUGUCAAAGCUCAGGAACACGAGGGUAAAUGUGGACUUCCAGAAGCAGACCAUGGACCCCAUGCAAGUCUCUUUCAAUACACUGGACAGGUCACAGUCAGUCACCAGUCUUCUCCUGACUGUUGAUGUCACAGAGGUGGUUGAAGUGGGGCACUUCUGGGGGUACAGGGUUGAUGAGGGGAGUGCAACGCUUCUGCAGAAGCUCACUGCUGAAAUAAACCAGCUGCAGCUGGUGCCCUUGGCCCUCCACCCCCACCCGGAUUUGGUCUGCCUGGCACCUUUCGCCGACUCGGAUGGUGAACGCUACUUCAGAGCGCAGAUCCUGUACGUGUCUGGACCCUGUGCUGAGGUGUUCUUUGUCGACUACGGCAACCGGGCCCGUGUGGAUCUGGACCUUUUAAUGGAGAUCCCCUGUCAGUUUCUGGAGCUUCCAUUUCAGGCCUUGGAGUUUAAGAUCUGCCAGAUGCGGCCAUCGGCUCAGUCCCUGGUAUGCGGUGAGCGCUGGAGCUGCAGGGCCAGCCAGCGGUUUGCCUCCCUGGUGCGCGACUGUGAGCUCCUCGUGAAGGUCUUCUCCGUGGUACACGGCGUCCUGCGGGUGGAUGUGUACCGGUGCUCAGGAGUUCAGGACACCAUCAACGUGAGGGACGUCCUCAUCCAGGAGGGCUAUGCUGAGUUCACAGAGGAGUCCUAUGAGUCCAAGCAAAGCCAUGAAGUUCUCAAAGGUCUCUUUUCCAAAUCAGUGGAGAACAGCCCUGGGACAGACAGGUCGGUGCCAUCUCCCAUGAAGGAGAACGAGAACUACCUGGUCCAGAUUCUGUUAGAGAGCUGCUGUUCUCAUCAGCUGGGUGCUCCAAACUGUAAGGCGGUGCUUCGUGGGCCUUUUAAUCCUUACGAGCUGAAGUGUCACAGUUUGACCAGAAUAUCCAAGUUCAGAUGUGUCUGGAUUGAAAAGGAGAGCAUCAACUCCAUCAUCAUCAGUGAUGCCCCUGAGGACCUUCACCAGAGAAUGCUGGUCGCUGCGUCUCUUUUGGUCAACGCAACUGGGUCCACCAUGCUGCUGAGAGAGACCUCAGUGAUGCCACACAUCCCAGGGUUGCCGGCACUGCUCAGCAUGCUGUUUGCGCCAGUGAUGGAGCUGAGGGUUGAUCAGGAUGGAAAAGGCUAUACCGGGGUCCUCUGUGGUUUGGGCUGGAACCCAACUACCGGAACCCCCAUCCUGCCAGAGCACGACAUUGAGCUCGCGUUCGAUGUCCAGUUCACCAUGGAGGAUAUUGUGGAGGUUAAUAUUCUCAGGGCAGCUAUUAACAAGCUGAUAUGUGAUGGACCAAAUGGAUCUAAGAAUCUUGGGCCGGAAAGAAUUGCUCAGUUACAGGAUAACGCUCGUCAGAAACUUCUAGGCUUGUUCUGUCAGUUGAAGCCACGAGAGAGAGUUGUCCCUAAGUGGUAUGAAAAGCCGUAUGAGUGGAAUCAGGUUGACCCCACACUAGUCAUGGAGACGGCUGACUGGGAAGGCAGCAGAAGGAAGAGCCCCUUUCUCUACCAGCUCCAUAAGCUGGUUGUGCUGGCCACCUAG